UAUUGAGGUAGGGGUAUAGUACCUGGAACUAUCGACUUUUGAUCCAGAAGUAUGUGUCAAGAACAGAUGAACAACAUUUUUUGGAUCGGUGGCUCUGGGAAGCUGGCCAUGUCCACCAAAAUCGCGUCACGGGUUUAACUACCAAAGGAAAGGAAUCUUCAAUUGAACGCGAUGUCAAGAUACAAAUCGGAAUUUUCCAAUGGCCUACCAACUGCAAUCAACCAUGUUAAUUGUAAUUCCAAACUCCCAAAACAAACUAAUACAGCAACGAGAUCAGUCCAACCCAUACCACUGUUGUACCACUCCGUAUGCUACCUCGUACCAUGCAUUAUCCUAUUCACGAACCCAAUUUUUCGUGCGUUUAGCACUCGUAGUCACAAGUCGAAACUACAUCUCUACUCUACUCUAUUCAAUUUGACAACCCCAAUCCAGGAUUGUGAUCACAAUUUGUACAAGAAAUGAAUGGUGGUGGUGAUGCCAAGCUCCGUCAACCCCAACCCCACACUCCCCCAGCCACACAUAACUACCCGUCCCGUAUGCACUCCAUACAUUC